AACAGCCUGUGUACGUUGAAAUAUCAAGAAAAAAAUCUGUUGAAACGGAGCGAACAACGGAGAAACCAUUUUUACAUGUUGAAACAACAACGCAAAGACGCACUUUAGACGGAAAAUAUGAAAUAAUACUGAUCCUAACCCCGAAGGAAGUUUAAUAAUGACUCAAGAAUGAAGUAAUGACGAAUAACCUAAAACGGCGGUUCAACUGAAUGACAAACAAAUACCACAAGCCAACGAGGCGAAAUAUCUGGGUAUACACCUAGAUAGUAAACUAAACUGGAGAACACACAUAUUUACAAAACGUAAGCAAUUGGGACUAAAUCUGAGAAAACUCUACUGGCUCCUGGGACGGAAAUCUCAACUAAAUAUAAAUUGCAAAUUGCUCAUUUACAAGCUCAUUUACAUACUUAAACCUAUCUGGACCUUUGGAAUUCAACUUUGGGGCACUGCUGCUGUUUCCAACAUAGAGAUCCCUAACAGCACAUGAUAUCAUACGAAUAUUCUAUAUUUAUACUGAAUGUACUGUGAUCAUACGUAAUUUACUGAGAACAUUCAUAUAAUAUCUCUGUAAACGUUAUUUAUCGUAUAUUCUCAGGAUAUACUCAGAAUAUAGAAACUAAGUUUCGAUAUUUAAACUGAAUAUACUAUGAUUAACUCUAAUAUACUGAGAAUAUCCCUAUAAUAUCUUUAUGAUACAUCGUUUGUCCUCUUUUUCGCACAUUUUUCGUAUAUUCUCAGAACAUACUCAGAAUAUAUAAAUUGAACCAUUGGAGCGGUUAUGUCUAUACACGCCAUAUUGAAUACGUAACUUCCAGUAGUGUCGCUAGUAUCAGUCUCUUGUCGCUUAUCUAGUCUCAUGCCGGCGGAUUGUUGCGUAUCGCAGAUGUGAUUUCAAUCCAAGAUUAUUAAGAUAUUACAAGAGCGUACAAUUUUGAUAGUGCUACCUAUAAUAGUGUAUUAUUAGCAUUAAUUGCGUCAGCCCUGUGUUGCUAUCAAAGGAUCAGACGCAAGUUUUUGAGAUCUGAAUUCAGAUUAUUAAGAUAUUACAAGAGCGUACAAUUCUGAUAGUGCUACCUAUAAUAGUGUAUUAGCACUAAUUGCGCCAGCCCUGUGUUGCUAUCAAAGGAUCAAACGAGAAUUGUUGACAUCUGAAUUCAGAAAUAAGUGCAUGUUACUUGAAAAUGGAAAUAUAUAGAAAACGUAAAAGAAAAGAUAUAUCAUGCGUAUCAAAGCGACACUUAAGCAGAUUAGCUGCACAAGAGUCGGAAAUUGUUUCUGAUGUUUUGCAUGAUAUCUCAUCAUAUAAUAUCGACAAUAACUGUACAAAAAAAUUGACUAAUGAUUGUACGGUGAAUUCUGCGACAAUAAAUAUCGAUAAUAAAAUGGAAUGCAAUGAAAAUAAUGAAAUAUUUGUACAAUAUGAAAAUGAUGAUGCGCUCAAACAAUCGGAAUACAAUACAUUAGAUUCACAACAAUCAUCUGUUAAUGUUUCCUAUAACGAUUCAAGUGAUGUAGCAUUUGAAACUAGAAGAGACAGCAAUUUGCAACAUGAUCUUGCAAUCUGGGCAAUAGAACAUCAAAUUAAACAUACUGCUUUAGGAGCAUUAUUACAUAGAUUAAAGAAACAUUCUUGUUUUUCAACAUUAUCAGUGGAUGCACGAUCGCUCUUGAAAACACCCAGACAAUAUGAAAUACGUACAGUUGUACCAGGAUUAUAUUAUCAUUUUGGACUAUCAGAUUCUAUAAGAAGCAUAUUAACAUCCGUAAAGAAUAUUAAUUGCGUAAGAAUAGCUGUGAACAUUGAUGGACUGCCAUUAUCGAAAUCAUCCCAGCAACAAUUUUGGCCUAUAUUAGGCUCAGUUCUUCCAUAUAAUAAUGUGUUCAUAAUUGGAAUUUAUCAUGGCAAUGAAAAACCAGCGAGUGCCAAUGAAUUUUUACAAGAUUUUGUUAACGAAGCUAAAGAAAUAUGUGCAAAUGGAAUUGACGUCAACGGACGGAACAUACCAUGCAGAAUUGAAGCUUUAAUUUGUGAUGCGCCAGCUAAAGCAUUUGUUUUGAACGUAAAAGGACAUACUGGAUAUUCUAGUUGUACGAAAUGUAUAACGGAAGGAGAAUAUGUAGGAAAUCGAAUGUGUUUUCCACAAAUUGAUGCACCGCUUAGAUCAGAUAAUGAUUUUAUAAAAAAAAUAGAUGAUAGUUAUCACAAGCCAGGUACAUGCAGCUUGUUAGAUAUAUCUUAUUUCAAACCUGUAACAAAUGUUCCAUUGGACUAUAUGCACUUAAUAUGUUUGGGAAUUAUGCGCAAAUUAUUAAAUUUAUGGCUUGAUGGAGAACUACAUUAUCGAUUACAACACAGAGCCGUUAACGAAAUUUCGACACGUUUAAUAACUCAAUUAAAACCAUGGAUACCCAUAGAAUUUGCACGAAAACCACGAAAAUUAGAUUGUCUCAAAUUAUGGAAAGCAACUGAAUAUAGAUUAAUAUUAUUAUAUACGGGUCCGUUGGCAUUUAAAUCUGUAUUAAAAAAAAAUGUUUAUAUUCAUUUUAUGACAUUACAUGUGAUUAUGAGGAUCUUGUCUUCAAAAGACUUAAAUGAAUAUCUAACAUAUGUGCAAGACCUGGUUCAUUUUUUUAAUAAAACAUUUAUAAAACUGUACGGAGUUCAAAAUGUAUCACAUAAUGUUCACAAUUUAGUCCAUCUUGUGGAUGAUGUUAAGAGAUUUGGACCUGUUGAUAACUUUAGCGCCUUUAAAUUUGAAAACUACAUGCAGAUACUAAAAAAAUAUCUCAGAAAAUCAGAGAAACCUUUACAACAAGUUGUGCGAAGAUACAUUGAAAAAAGAACUUUGUGCACAUCACCUGCUUUAUCAGAUUCUGUUCGGAUAUAUUCAAAUUUGACAUCGUUACAUAAUGAUGGUCCGCUUAUAUCGAAUUGCUGCUAUCCACAAUAUAAAAGUGUUGAAUACAAUGGAUUCACACUAAAAGCUGGAACACUUGCAGAUAGUUGUUGCGGCUUAAAUUGUGGUGCAAUUAUUUGUAUUAAAAAUAUAGCAUACUGUACCAAACGAAAUAUUCCUAUACUUAUUGGACACGAAUUUUUGGAAAAAAAAGACUUAUUUAAUAUUCCUUGUUUGUCUUCAGUGCUUGGCAUUUAUUCUGUGCACUCAUGCUCUGAUUUAAAAUCGUGGCCAUUAAAAAAUGUAAUUUGUAAAUAUGUGCAGUUGCCUUGUGGAGAAAACAAAUAUGCAGUUUUCCCACUCAUACAUAGCACAAUGUAAAUAACUUUUCUAAUUGUGCAGAAUAAUGGAAAGACAGACUUCUACGAAAGAAAACUUUUAUGCAAUAAUUGAAUUUGAAGACGGAUUGCAAAUAAUUCCUAAUAAAUGGUUGAGUGCAGAUUUAAAAAGGGCUGUAUGGCC